GAUGAACUGGAGGAAAUGUUGUCCAAAUAUGCACCAUUUAAACUCAAACUGAACCAUAUUUCCAACGAUCCUGCUAAAAGGUUUCGGUCAAUUUUUGUUAAGUUUUCCCAAAGUAAUAUGAAACAAGCUGAAGCAUUGAUCAAAGACAAAGAUGGCAAAAUGUGGAAAGGGAAAAAACUGUAUGUUGGGUAUGCUAGAAACAGAUCAACAGGCCAAUAUCACAGCCAUAAAGAAGGUGCCGAGGAUACGGCGCUCAAUAGCGUGACAUCCAAGUCCUUACAGGACGCCUCAUCUGGGAUGAUGAUAAAACCACUUCACAGAACAUCUUCUCAUGAUUCCAAAGGAUUUUCUGGUACCAUUCCAAAAAUGCUGCCUUCCAGGCGGGAACCCGUCUCUGAAGAAGGUUCUGGUAGCCACGCAAACAAAGCCUGGUGGAAAAAGAAUUGA